AUGAUAGAGCUGCAAGAUAUAGCGACAAUAGAGGAAAAUUAUUAUGGUGGAAAUGUGAACCUCGCUCAUAGGGGAGUCCAGCGUCGUCGGGGUGAGGGAGAUGAGAGAGAGGAGAGGGGUGAGGCUUCAGGGAUCGAGUGUUUCAAAUGGGUGAGGGAGAGGAAAGGGGAGAGGGACCUGUCAAGCUUUUUCCCUUCUAUGGGUUUUUGUACUAUGAUACGCGAGGCCAUACUGACUCUUAAGGUCUGGACCGGCUCGAGCCAUCAAGUAAUAGUGAAGUUCACAGAGGAGAAGUACAAGAAAGUGUUGCCACCCAAUUUCAAGAAAGUCUUCUCUAUUCAGUUAAAGAGGUUUGUCAAGUCUGAGAGGCUUGUGAAAAUCAAGAACUCCUUCAAGGUCUCCUCCACCGAGAAGGUCAAGUUGGUGGUCAAAGAGAAAGACACCAACAAAAAGGAGGAUAACAUCACCAAAACCUGGAAGGCUGUAACUCCCAAUAAGAUUGCAGAGAAGAAGGGUGUGAAGACCAAGAGGCUUAGUUAG